UAUGUUUUGUGGUCACAAGUUAAAGAACUCCUGAACGUAAUUGUCAAUUAAUUUUUGCCAUUUUUCCAUAUUUUUCAUUGUUUAAUGUGUGAAAAAAACAGUUUCGUUAACUUGUGGUGGAAUCUAAAAAGAGAGCCAAAGCAGUAUUAAAACUGUAAUAUCUCUGUGAGAGAUAACCUAACAACUAAAUAUUUAUGUCUUUUAUGAUUAUGUUAAUAGAUUUUUAAUUCCAGCACCAAUACAUAGAUAUAGUAAAAAUUGAACGCAUCACAAAAGUAAUUUAAAAUUUUAAAAUGUCCCGUAAACAUAAUAGUGCUACAUCUAGGCUAAAACAAGACUAUUUACGUUUAAAGCGAGACCCAGUUCCAUAUAUAACAGCAGAACCUCUUCCUACAAAUAUAUUGGAAUGGCACUAUGUUGUAUGUGGUCCUGAAAACAGCCCUUAUGAAGGUGGCUUCUACCAUGGAAAAUUAGUAUUUCCAAGAGAGUUUCCAUUUAAACCACCAUCAAUAUAUAUGUUAACUCCUAAUGGACGCUUUAAAACCAAUAAAAAACUGUGCUUAAGUAUAUCAGAUUUUCAUCCAGAUACAUGGAAUCCUGCUUGGAGUGUUUCCACUAUUCUCACUGGACUUUUGAGUUUUAUGCUUGAAAAGAGUCCUACUUUAGGAAGUAUAGAGACAUCAGACUAUGAUAAAAGGCAAUUUGCUUACCAGUCCCUUGAAUUUAACUUAAAAGAUAAACAAUUCUGUGAUUUGUUCCCUGAUACGGUGUCAAUGAUUCAGGCUGAAAUUACAAAAAGAAGUGCAACUCAGAAUAUAACAUUAGAAAACCAAAAAUCCAUUCAAGCAGCUGCACAGCCCAGCAAUAUCCAAUCGUGUAUUACAAAUUUAUGUGUGAUCAUCGGUUUUGCAGCAUUUGCAUUUACCGUGAAAUAUGUCAUGAAAACUAUAGCUUCUGAAACAGAGUAACUACGUAUUUGUAAUUAUUGUUAUCUUCUUUAGUUUAGUUUCAAAUAAACCACUAUCAUAGUUUGUUAACCCCAAUUCGCUCUUAGAAUUCCGUUACAAUGUAAUUGUGAUAAAUAAAUUGUUGGUUUAUUAUUAAUUGGACCCAUCACAAUUAUAAGAUAGUUAUUUUUAUUGAAUAUAAUUUGUUAUGGUAUUUAAACUUAGAUAUUAGAAUUGUUUAACAAAUGAAACAUUUUUAGUGAAAAUAUAUUUCUACAUAUUUUAUAAAUGGCUUUAAUA